UUAUUUCUGGUUUACUUUGGGAUGCCCAGCCCCCAGCCUCUCACUUCAAGUCAGAGAAGUCAGUUCCUUCUCUGACUUGAGGAAGCUAAAAAAAAACUGGCAGGAACUUCGUUCUCCUUCAGACUCGCAGCAGCAACAACAUGACUGAAGCUGAUGUAACGUACGCUGACGUGAAGUUCACAACGCCGCGGUCCAGAGGUAAUGUUGCAGCAGAGAACAGCACCUACUCUGAGGUGAAGAUCUCUAACAAACGGCAACCAGUCUGUUCAAACUGCUCAGCAAACAUCCAACAGUCUGGGUCCAGCAGGAGGUCAAAGGUCACCCCAGAGCGUCUGGUUCUGCUGGGUCUCGUUGUUCUGUUGGCAGCGGCUCUCAUCGCUCUUGGUGUCACCUUCGUUCAGACCAAUCAGAAUCUCCAGACCCUGAAAGAAGAGAAAGAAACUCUGAAGGAAACUCUUUCAGAUAUAAAACCUGGGAGUAAAAGUUCUACAACGGCAUGUCCAACAUGUCCAACAAGUCCAACAUGUCCAAAACCUCCAACAUGUCCAACAUGUCCUCCACCUCCUCCAACUCCAGCAGUAAAAAGGGAAACACGUCUGAAGUGUGAAGCAGGAUGGGAGAAACAUGGAGGAAACUGUUAUUAUUUCUCCACCACUAAAUCCUCCUGGAUUAACAGCAGACGUUCCUGCGUUGAUCAUGGAUCAGACCUGGUGAAGAUCGACAGCAGAGAGGAGCAGAAGUUCCUGGAGAUCAGACUGAGAGUCUUGAUGGUGGAAGAUGAUGACAAGUUCUGGAUCGGACUGACGGACUCGGUGGAAGAAGGCAGAUGGUUCUGGGUGGACGGAUCUCCUCUGGAUGAAAGUUUGAGCUUUUGGAGUCAGAAUGAGCCUGAUGACUGGAAAGGUGAGAAUCCAGCUGGAGAAGACUGUGUGAGGAUGGGAGAGAGAGGAGGAAGUCAUGAUCUGACAUGUUGGUUUGAUAAAGCCUGUAAUGUUUCUCAUAAAAGUAUCUGUGAGAAACCAGCAGCACCAGGUCGUCCCUGUGUCUGAAGUUCAGCUCAGUCUAUAAAACAAGCUGCAGAGAUUCUGGUUCUAUAAACAUCUCAACUUUUCUUCCAGCUGCAUUGAAACAUCAAAUUAUUAUAUUUAAUAAUUAUUUCUAUCAUCUUUAGUUAUUUUCUGCUCUGCAGCAGCAGCAAACCACCAAGAGGAAAAACUCAGAAGCUCUGAGUUACAAACAGGAACCUGGAAGAACCUGCAGCAGAACUUUUCCAUCAGAGUUUAACUGAGGAUUUAUUUCUGCUUCUGGUUCUAACGGUUCUGGAUCCCACAUGUGACUCGGGUCAGAACUUUUCUGAGGCUCUGCUGCUUCUGAUGAUCCAUCAUAGAGAGCAGAACAUGUGGAAAACCAGAACAUCUCUACUGGUUUGACUGGUUCAGAUCCUUUUAACAGCAGCUAAAACUGAACCAGUUCAUGUUCACAGUUCACCUCCUGGACAUCUAGAACUCAAACUCCCAACAUAAAGUAGUUCCUGUUGUUUCAUCAGUUUAUAUAAAGCUUUGCAUGAUGUCAUAAGAUGAUGGUUUCUGCAGCAUGACUCAUCAUGUUUCCAUGUAGAAAAAUAAAGAUCAGAUCCACCAUCAGAGCUCCAGCUUUCAGGUUAUCAGCUCAAAGCAGCAGCUGUUCAUGUAGCUGUCAGGAUCAUGAAUAAACUUUUUAAACUGCA